CACUUGAAAGUUUGCCCUCAAGGCUACACCUGCUGUUCCCAGGCCAUGGAGGAGAAGUACUGGCAGCAGAGCAGGCAAGAUUUCAGCCAUGCCGUGGUCGAGCUGAGCAACAACUUGCAAGGCACCUUCGGUUCGCGAUACAAAAAGUUUGAUGAAUUUUUCCGAGAGCUCCUGGACAACGCUGAGAAAUCCUUGAACGACAUGUUUGUACGGACUUAUGGCCUCCUGUACAUGCAGAACUCGGAGAUGUUUAAGGACCUCUUUGUGGAGCUGAAGCGAUACUACAUGGGCGGCAGAGUCAACCUGGAAGAGAUGCUAAAUGACUUUUGGGCCCGUCUCCUGGAGCGCAUGUUCCGCCUGGUCAACCCCCAGUAUCACUUUUCGGACGAGUACCUGGAGUGCGUCAGCAAGUACACCGAGCAGCUGAAACCGUUUGGAGACGUCCCACGAAAGCUGAAGCUGCAGGUGACGCGGGCUUUCGUGGCAGCUCGCACCUUUGCCCAAGGCCUGGCUGUGGCCAAGGAUGUGGUGGGCAAAGUCUCUGCGGUCAACCCCACGCCCCAAGAGGUCCGCGCCCUGACCAAGAUGAUGUACUGCCCGUUCUGCCGUGGCUUCGUGGCCAUCAAGCCCUGUUACAACUACUGCUUCAACGUCAUGCGCGGAUGCCUGGCCAACCAGGGGGAGCUGGAGACCGAGUGGAACAGCUUCAUAGAUUCAAUGCUAAUGUUGGCCGAGAGGUUAGAAGGUCCCUUCAACAUCGAGUCUGUCAUGGACCCCAUUGAUGUGAAGAUUUCAGAUGCCAUCAUGAAUAUGCAAGAAAACAGCUUACAGGUGUCCCAAAAGGUUUUUCAAGGGUGUGGGCAACCCAAGAUGCUGGCACAAAGCCGAACAUCUCGCUCAGCGUCCGACAGCGGCUUCAGUGCCCGCUUCAGGCCUUACAACCCAGAGGAACGUCCCACAACAGCUGCAGGGACGAGUUUGGAUCGACUGGUGACCGACGUGAAGGAGAAAUUGAAGCAGGCGAAGAAGUUCUGGUCUUCCCUUCCCAGCAACAUCUGUAGCAAUGAGAAGAUGACGGCCAGCAACGUUCACGAAGAAGAAUGCUGGAACGGAAAGAACAAGAGCAGGUAUCUCUUCGCUGUGAUGCCGAAUGGCUUAGCCAACCAGGCGAACAACCCCGAGGUGGAAGUCGACACUUCCAAGCCGGACAUCCUGAUCCGUCGGCAAAUCAUGUCGCUCCGCGUGAUGAUCAGCAAGCUGAAGAAUGCCUACAACGGCAACGACGUGGACUUCAUUGACAUCAGUGACGAAAGCAGCGGGGAAGGCAGCGGAAGUGGGUGCGAAUUGCACCAGUGCUCUCCCGAAUUUGUGGUGAAUGCCACCGAAGUCACACAGAACGUCAACAAAAUAGAUCAAAAAAUGACUGAUUUGGCCAGCAAUUUCGGCCCAUCGGAAGCCAUUCUUCUCUUAAGCUUCUUUUUCUUCCUCAUGGGUCAAAGACAAUGGAGAUAACUACACCUGCUCCUCCUUUUAUUAUUAUAAUUAUUAUUAUUAUUAUUUUUUAAAAGCCGUUGGAGAAGGAGAGGGAAAAAAUGGACCUUUUUUUUAAAGAGAAAAAUUGCCGAGGGGCCGGAUUUCACGUCUAUACCAUCAAGAGACUCUUUGGGGAAAGGUUCCUUUGUGAGUUGAACAGAAAAAAAACCAUGUACAGUUUUUUUUAAAAAAAGAACUCUUGUUGCCACUGGUUUUAAACCUUUUAUUUUUUUCCCCCCUGCCCUCUUUUCGGGUUUUGGGAAGAGGAUGUGGGGGUUGAAAUCACAAAACCGUUUGGGCCAGUUAAUCUGAUCUGUUGACCGAGAUGCCACAAUAAAUGUGGGAAACCUGAGUGUGUAUAUAUAUAUAUAUACAGGCCUGUCGUUAACCCUGGUAUGUCGUGUGUG